GGGGCCUUGUGUGAUUGACAGGUGAAAGGCCGGCGGACGGCUGCUGUGUGGCGGCAGUUUGAAACAAACGGCCGAACUGCUAAAGCUCGCGUGGUGGGUGCGGUGCAGUGCGGGCGGUAGCCAGCCAGCCAGCCAGCGGGAAUGGCCAAGACGGACGAGAGGAGGAAACAGAUCUCCAUUAGCGGCAUCGCCACUUUGGAGAAUGUGGCGGGGUUGAAACUUGGGUUUAACCGGCACCUGCAUUUCACGCUGGCGAAGGACCGCAACGUGGCCAACACGAGGGACUACUACUUCGCCCUGGCCCACAUCGUCCGCGACCAUCUUGUGGGACGCUGGAUACGCACCCAACAAUACUACUUCGAGAAUAACCCAAAGCGGAUUUACUAUUUGUCUCUGGAGUUCUACAUGGGUCGUACCUUGCAAAAUACGAUGAUUAAUUUAGGUCUGGAAAGUUCAUGCGAUGAAGCCAUGUAUCAGAUUGGUUUGGACAUUGAGGAACUGGAGGAAAUGGAAGAAGAUGCUGGUCUCGGCAAUGGAGGCUUAGGAAGGCUUGCAGCCUGUUUCCUUGAUUCCAUGGCGACAUUGGGCCUGGCUGCAUAUGGGUAUGGCAUAAGAUAUGAAUAUGGAAUUUUUAAUCAGAAGAUCAAAGAUGGGUGGCAGGUGGAGGAACCUGAUGCCUGGCUGCGACAUGGCAACCCUUGGGAGAAAGCUCGGCCUGAGUACGUAAUACCUAUUAGCUUCUAUGGUCAUGUACAUCAUUCCAAAAAUGGAGCCAAAUGGGUGAAUACCGAGAUAGUUCUUGCCAUGCCAUAUGAUACACCAAUUCCAGGAUAUCUGAACAAUACUGUGAAUACUAUGAGGCUGUGGUCUGCCAAAGCUCCAAAUGACUUCCAUUUGCAUCGCUUUAACGUUGGGGACUACAUCGAAGCUGUGUUGGACAGAAGUAUUGCUGAAAAUAUUAGCAGAGUUCUCUACCCGAAUGACAAUUUUUUUGAGGGUAAAGAGUUGAGACUAAAGCAGGAGUAUUUUGUUGUGGCUGCCUCUCUCCAUGAUAUUGUUCGUCGUUUCAAGGCUUCGAAGUUUGGUUGUCAAGAUAAUAUUCAGAUUUGUUAUGACACAUUCGCUGACAAGGUGGCAAUCCAGCUGAAUGAUACCCAUCCUGCCUUGGCGAUUCCUGAGUUAAUGAGGAUUCUAGUGGACCUUGAUAAUCUUCAUUGGGAUCAGGCUUGGACUAUUACCAAGAAUACAUUUGCAUACACCAAUCACACAGUUUUGCCCGAGGCCCUUGAACGGUGGCCUGUGCAGCUCAUUGAGAAACUCUUGCCCAGACAUCUGGAGAUUAUUUACGAGAUUAACCAAAGGCAUCUAGAGAAUAUCAAAAAUUUAUUUCCUGGUGAUGAACAGCGUUUAAUGCGAAUGAGUUUAAUAGAAGAGGGUGUGGAAAAGAAGAUAAAUAUGGCACACCUCUGCAUUGUGGGUUCACAUUCAGUGAAUGGCGUAGCCAGGAUCCAUUCCACAAUCAUCAAAAAUCAGGUUUUUAAGGACUUUAGUGACAUUGAACCAAUAAAAUUUCAGAAUAAAACAAAUGGAAUUACUCCGAGGAGAUGGCUUUUGCUCUGCAAUCCAUCACUGGCUGCCCUCAUAGCUGAGAAAAUAGGAGUGGACUUCAUUAAAGAACUGGACCAGCUACAGAAACUGCAUGCCUUCGUAAAUGAUGGUCAAUUCGUUGAGGAGAUUAUGACGGUGAAAAUGAGAAAUAAAAUCAAACUUGCUACCAUGCUGGAAAAAGACUAUGGGAUCCCAAUCGAUGUAACGUCCAUGUUUGAUGUUCAUGUGAAACGAAUCCAUGAGUACAAACGGCAGCUCAUGAAUUGCCUUUAUAUCAUUGUCAUGUACAAUCGAAUUAGGAAGAACCCAAACAAGCCGUUUGUUGCAAGAACUGUUAUGAUUGGGGGUAAGGCUGCUCCUGGCUAUCAUAUGGCUAAAUUGAUUAUUAAACUUAUCACAUCUGUGGCAGAUGUAGUGAACAAUGACCCUGUAAUUAACAAGAAGUUGAAGGUUGUUUUUCUGGAAAACUACAGAGUUUCACUUGCUGAGAAAGUCAUCCCAGCAACAGACCUGUCACAGCAAAUCUCUACAGCUGGCACAGAGGCCUCUGGCACAGGGAAUAUGAAGUUCAUGUUGAAUGGUGCUCUGACGAUUGGCACCAUGGAUGGCGCAAAUGUGGAGAUGGCAGAAGAGGCUGGUGAAAACAAUUUGUUCAUCUUUGGCAUGAGGGUUCAAGAUGUAGAGGAACUGGACAAGAAGGGAUAUAAUGCUACGCAAUUUUAUGAAAAGAUUCCAGAACUGAAGCAGGUGAUCGAUCAGAUUGCGGGUGGAUAUUUUUCUCCUGAUCGACAGGAUCUUUUCGGAGAUAUUCUGUCCAUGCUCUUUCACCAUGAUAGGUUCAAAGUGUUCGCUGAUUUUGAAUCGUACAUGGAAUCUCAGGAGAAAGUUAACCAGUUAUAUCAGAACCCACGUGAAUGGGCCAAGGUGGCUAUUAAAAACAUUGCUUCCUCUGGGAAGUUCUCCAGUGAUCGUACUAUCACUGAAUAUGCCCGUGAAAUCUGGGGUGUAGAACCCAAAGCCUUGAUGAUUCCUCAUCCAAAUGAACCAAAGGAUACCUAGAACUCUAUAAGCCUUGGGCAUUUUAUGUGAUACAAUUCAAGGCGCAGAGGGGAAUAACAACAUUUUGAUUGCCUUUUUUUCCAAUUAUAACCAAAUCUAGUAUUUUAAGCUUGAAAUUUAGUAAUGCUUCAAAUUGUUUGCCAUUUACAGUUGGAAAUAUUUAGCAAUUAGAGGACUUAAUUUCCAUUGACUGUCAAACAGUUUUUUGCCUGUGCAUCACAAAGGCAUACGCAGUAUUUUUACUGAAAAAAAUAGAAUUUUAAUUGAAAUAACCUUUUUAGAAAACGUGUUUAUUGGAAAUAGAUGGCUUAAGAAAAUAACAAUGACUACAUUUCUGGGUGAUUAAUCCAGCAUCUAAUUCAAAGAUUUAAAAAAUGUAAUUGUUCAAAUUUUGACGUAUAAAAUUACUUG